AUGUCAACGGACAAAGGUAUCUCCAAAAGGGAGAAGAAGGCUCAGAAGUUCAAGCAGAAUAAGUCUAAGGAAGAAAGGGAAGAAGAAAAAACCAAAAAGAGAGAACGGGAUGAAGAAUCAAAGGAUGAACCGCAAGAACCUAAAAAGAAAAGGAAAACAAGAAGGGGAAAGAAAAACAAGUCUCUGUCCUCUAGUGGGGCUAGAUUUAUUAUAUUUGUAGGUAAUUUGCCUUAUAAAGUAACUGAAGAUGAGCUUUUAAAGCACUUUAAGAAGGCUGCACCUGAUAAAAUACGAAUCAGACAAGAUAAAGGUAUUGCAUUUGUUGAAUUUGAUAAAGAAUCGGAGGGGAUUCAGAAAAAAAUGGACCUUGCAUUAAAAUUACAUCAUACUUUGAUUAACGGAAGAAAGAUAAAUGUUGAGUUGACAGUUGGUGGAGGUGGAAAUUCAGAGAACAGAAAAACGAAAUUAAAGAAGAAGAAUGAAAAUGUUUACCUGGAGUUGAAUCAGAAAGUCAAAAAGAAGCAGCCAAAUAAUAAUGAAAGCCCAAACUCUCCAACAAAUAAUUCAGACUCGCCAUCUGUUGUACAUCCAUCCAGAGCAGCAUUAAUAAGAUAG